AUGAACCAAACAUUUGAAUCAACCACCCAAUCCCCAAACCUCACCAAAUUUGGAGAUCUGCCAAGCUGGUUUGAUGAGGCUGAAAAAAAAUUAAAUUUUGUUCUGGCGAUACUUCAAUUCUUUGGAUUUGGAAUUAACCUGGUUCACUUUUCAAUUUUGAGUAGAAAACAUUUAAGAACCAAUUCAGUCUACCGACUUAUGAUUGGAAUUUGCUCGUGUGAUAUCAUAUCACAUACUCUAACAUUUCUCGCAUUUUCUCCUUUCUGGAUUCGUGAAGUUCGGAAAAAGAACCAGGAAUGUUUUUUAACUAUGACCUAUAGGGAUGCUGUUCUACUACUCUACCCGGUUAUCGUCCUGGAUAUCACUCAACGGAGCUCAUCGUGGCUUGCCGUACUGAUGGCUCUGUAUAGAACUCUAUCGGUCAAGUAUCCAAUGAGCACAAAAAUGCACAAAGUUUCAAAUCCAAAGUGGGCAUUGUGGACGAUUAUUGGAGUGUUGGUAGUUAAUACUGCGUGGACUUUAGUAGUUUUUGGAAGACAUAAAAUUGACGGAAGGAAUAUUGACUAUGAUUGCGAUGGUAACGAAGUCCACCUUUCCCAGCUCCGUUUCAUGGUUCUGGUCGACACCUCCCUUGAACACCUCCAUAGCAUCAUAACCUCAAUAUACGGAAUCAUCAAAGCCCUCCCAUCCCUUAUAGAUCCGAUUCUCACUGUUUUGUUGAUAAUUGAACUGCGUAAGGCCUCAAAACGAAGGAAAAAUAUUGGAAAAGAAGAUUGUGGAAAGUCAGAUAACACUACCAAAUUGGUACUUUUUGUGACCAUCUCAUUUUUCAUACUGGAAGUUCCCAAUGGGUUUGCCCAUGUUACCGCGGGGGCUUUUCACGGAAACCCUGGAAUUCUAACAAUUUCGUAUAUGAUUCAAGUUUUUGCCGAAAUUCUUCCAGUGUUCAAUUCAUCCUCUCAUAUAUUCAUUUGCCUUGCCAUGUCGUCCCAGUAUAGAGAAACAUCAUGUGAGAUUUUCUGUGGAGAAAAGUCGAAAACACAGGUAGUGGGAAUUUACCAAAAAAUACGUUAUUAUGUUUCUAAUAUGAUUACAGAUCAUUAA